AUGGCUAGAAAUAUCGUAAUGAUUUUUCUUAUUCUCGUCUCGUGUUUAUAUUUACAAGCAUCUUCAUCCCUAGCCAAAAAUAAUCUAAAUAUGUGGUGUAGCCAAACCCCUUAUCGUGAACCAUGCAAAUAUUUUAUGAGCCACCUUAAACCCAAACACAAAACCGAGUUUCAAAAAUGGGUGAUUCAAAUAGCUUUGAACCAAACAAUUUUGACUCAUGGCCACAUAAAAGAGCUUGGAACAAAGUGUAGAAAUGAUCGUGAAAAGGGUGCAUGGGCUGAUUGUGUAACCCUUUACGAUAGCACCAUUUCUAUACUAAACAAAACCUUAGUUUACUCUAUGAAAAACCAUUGCACGAAUUUUGAUAAACAAAGUUGGCUUAGCACCGCUUUGACAAACCUCGAGGUUUGUCAAACUGGAUUAACUGAGUUAGGGUUAGAUCGUGACAUUGAUUUUAUUCCGUAUCACUUGUCCAAUAAUGUGUCAAUGUUAAUCAGCAAUAGCUUAGCCAUGCACAUUAAAAAGGGCACCACCAAAACACAAGCAUACAAGCAAGUAGGGUUUCCUACAUGGGUCACUAGGCGCGAUAGGAAACUCUUGCAAAAUUCGAGUGUUGUCGCGAACCUAGUGGUGGCUCAAGAUGGGUCAGGAAAUUAUAAGACUAUAGGUGAAGCCCUUGAUGUUGCUUCAAAGAGAGCAAGAAGUGGAAGGUUUGUUAUACAUAUUAAGAAGGGUUUGUAUAAAGAAUACCUCGUAAUUGGUACCAAUUUGAAGAAUAUUAUGCUAGUAGGUGAUGGCAUGCAAAGUACAAUUAUUACAGGAAGUAGAAGUAAUGGAGGAGGUUUCACAACUUUUAAUUCCGCAACUGUUGCUAUAACGGGAGACGGAUUCAUAGCACGUGGAAUAACAUUCCGCAACACAGCAGGACCAGAAAACCACCAAGCAGUAGCCCUUCGAGUCGCUUCCGACCACUCAGUCUUCUAUCAAUGUAGCUUCGAAGGAUACCAAGACACACUCUACACAUUCUCACAACGACAAUUCUACAAAGAUUCCAACAUUUACGGAACUGUAGAUUUCAUCUUCGGUAACUCAGCCUCAGUCUUCCAAAACUGCAACAUUAUCCUCAGAAAACCCCUUCCUUCUCAGAAAAACACAGUAACAGCCCAAGGAAGAACCGACCCGAAUCAAAACACAGGAAUUAUAAUCCAAAAUUGUCGGAUAAUUUCAUCAUCUGAACUUAAAAAUGUUGGAUCAUCAUUUCGAUCUUACCUUGGAAGACCAUGGAAGAAGUAUUCUCGUACCAUUGUUAUGCAGAGUUUUGUGGAUAAUGUUAUUGAUUCAGCAGGUUGGCUUGAAUGGGAUGGGGAUUUUGGAAUUGAUACAUUGUUUUAUGGUGAAUAUAAGAAUUCAGGGCCCGGAUCUUCUGUAAGUGGGAGAGUUAAAUGGGGAGGAUUUAAGAUUAUUACAAGUAAAAAUGAAGCAUCCCUGUUUUCUGUGGGGAAUUUUAUUGGUGGUCAAUCUUGGUUGCCUUCUGCUGGUAUUCCUUUUACUGCGAAUAUUUAA